CAGAGGGUUGUGGGGGCUCCGACGACGAUGGUGAGGUAUAUAUAAACUGAGAAUCCUACGUUUGUGGUCAGACGAAUUACAACAUCCAUCGAGAAUAUCCAAACGAUAUCUGCAGAACAUCACCAGCUGCAGAACGGGAUCACAUUUCGAGGGCUCACAUGUUCAACAGCCGGAUAGUAGGUAUGAGGGCACCCCAAUUAUCCAUAGUUCUUCUAUUAGUGAUGGUGUAUUUCAUACGAAUUAGUUCUAGUCAGGUAACUUUUUCGCGGGAUUGGAACGCUGGAAAGCGUACCGCCUCCAGCGAGGGACACUGUUUCGCUAAUGCAAAGUCCACCGCCGCAGCUUUCCACGUUCUAACGAACGAAUUGAGGCAGCUAUCCGGCUGUGAAGCACGUGCCAUGGUUCUAUCUUUGCGGACUCAAGAUGACGUCCCUAAUGAUCUUGCCGUUUUCCCUGAAGGUCGAUAGGAGAUCAACUUACGCCAUCAGCUCUGGUGAAAUCUUUACUUAAAUUUUGAGAAUGGCAUCCGACAAUAUCUUAUUCAAAUAGCAUCCUGAUUGUUUCCGUAGAUUGUGUCGGCAAAUAAUAUGCUUA